AUGUCCAAGAAGGAUGUGACGUGUUUCUGGAUCGUACUGCUCCUGUGCCAAGAGCUACGGACCGACCCGAUCGCAGAGAUGGGACCAUCCUCCGGCAUCCUGAUUCAAGAGACACCAGGGUUCAUCUUAACGGAGAAGAGGAUCCUGACCCGACGUGUGUUCGUCAGCUUGGACCCCAAGAUUUCCAUCGAGAAGGCAUACAACAUUUCAUCGAUGCAGCUUCCUGAGUUACAGACUUGGUACCAGAUGCACCUCCAAAGAGCACAGGACCGUGUGCGAAACAUCUUGGAGCAAGCCCGGAAACCAUUUGUAUCCAGUUCUAUUCCGAUGAGCAACCGACCCAAAAGGUUCCUCACCGCUAUAAUUGUUGCAUUAGUUUGUGCCACUGUCGGUGCAGUUGUCGCAACUGGAAUGUCUGCAGCCAACUCUAUUACUGUCCAAAAGCUGGAUAUGGAAAUCUAUGCGCUAAAGCAACACAUUAACGAUAUUCAUCAGGUGAUAAACCAGCAAAGAACACUUCUCCAAGACGUGUUAACUAUUGUGGAAGACACAGUUGUUACAACAAAUUUGCAUUCGGAGUUAAUUGCCAAAUCCACUGAGUUGCACCAAAGUCAUGACUUAUUUAAGCGUGAACUUCUAUUUCUGCAUGACCCAAUAUUGUUCCACACACUUGCUUUUCUUGACGAAGUGCAAACUGGAAUGAUCGAAUUGGCAGGGGGACGCAUACCUCUGUAUUUUGUAUCCAAGGAUAUUGUUCAUGCGAUGCUUGCCAAUGUGGAUGGAGAGACAAUUGAGCCUAUGCAAUUAAAUCUGGCCUUUGAGAUGGGGAGCGCUAUACCUCUCUUAAUUGAUCCGGAACGUAUGGAGAUUUGCUUUUUAUUGGCCAUACCAUAUGUAACUCCCAAAAACAUUUUUCAAAUGAAAACAAUCUACAAUGUCGGUACAUGGAAGGAAAAUAUCCACGUAAAAGUCCAAACCCCAGAUGUUUUGGCUUUUCAACCAUGGGUACCAGAUUGGUAUUCUAUACCCAUUUUGAAUGACUGUGAGAAAUUCAAAGACAAUAAUUUCCAAUGUGAUGGAAAACCUUUUGUGUACGAUUCUACCAAUGCUUUGUGUGGGAUCGAGUACCUUAAACAUGGCUCUGAAACAUGUCAAGUAACUAUGUCAAAAACCGACAGUAAUGCGUUAGUACAUGCUAUCUUAGUAAAAGAUAAAUGGUUGGUAAGCACGUGUCUUAAAAACAUAAGUGUUUUUCGCAGGGACCAGGUGACUAAUAAAGUAAUUGCCUUACCAGCACCUGUCUCACUGAUCAAGGUACCCCACGACUCUCGUAUCACCAUCGGUGACGUUACGCUAUACCCAGUGUACACUGACGUCAUCGAAAGUGCUAUUGAGAUGGUGGAUCCCUUCCAGAAUCUAGAUAUCCCUCUAGAUCCUAAUCUAAAAUUCUUGCUGGACCACAAGCCCAACCACACUAUCCAAAUGUCAAUCAGAAAAGAUAACAUUUCUGUGGAUACAUUUAAAUACUCUGAGCUAGAUACUGACCUUAUUGCUCGUGUUGACUGGUUCAUCCAUGUUAAGAUUGUUAUUGGGUGUGCUAUGAUAAUAAUGAUAUUAUGGUUGAUUGUACUAAGUGUAAAGUUCAAAACUUUUACAGGUACAAAUAUAUACAAAAAUGUUCAUUCCACGCACGGGCCUAUGUUAGAAAUGAUGUGAUUGCACAAUAUGUCUGAUAACUUCUAUAGUGCUUAUUCAUAAGCUAAAUUAAUUUUGGCUAUGAAAUGCACUAAAGGGGGGUUAUGUCAGAGUAUUUAUAUCGGCAGACAUUUUGUGCUAUGAUAGAAACUAAAAGUGUAUAUUCUGAGUCACUCUGAACAGACCAGACUCCAUUUUGUUAUUUCAAGUUAACAAAAAGACACUAUAUUUCUAUCUGUAAGCUAACCAAUUUCCCAGAUCUGAGGAAUGCAUAGUAUAUACAAACAAGUGAUAAGGAAGGGGGUUGGAUAGACUGUCUAAAAUGCUAAUGGAAUAUAAUCAAAUCUAAACCCAGACAAUUGUGACAGAGAAGAGUAAAUAAUUUAAUAUUUAACUGUCUAUAUAUAUAAGGUACCAUUGUAUGGAAAAGGGUAAACUUAGUUCAUGAUCUGUCAUAUCAGAAAUUAUGGCAGGAAUUGCAGACGCUAAGUCUGGACAAAAUUUAAGAAACCCUUUGAAAUUUUAAAUUAUGGCGCUAUAAAGAUAACGCAAAAUGACGUCAAAAUAGCCACCAGGAAAAGUUAACUCUUUCCUGGAUAGGUAUGUUUAGUGGGACAAGACUGCCCUCUACAGACCAAAUAACUAAUUUGCGAUCUGGAAGAUAACCACACCUCUAGUGCUUCUAUUGGGUUAUCAACUGAUGACGUACAGAGAGUCUGGCCCUUUAAAAGUUAAGACAAAGGGAAGAUAGGGAUACAAAAUACACGAGAGGAGGCAGAUGCAAGAUAUGCAACGGAGAGGAGAGAGGAAUUGGAAGUUUGGGGAUUCCAACUCGGACAACAUCUGAGAAUAACACUCUACUCCUAAAACUCUAACACUUAGAAUUUACUGACUUUCUAACCAACACCUCCAUGCAGAGAGACUACCAAUCGGAUGAAAUAUCUACUCAACUGGUAAUUAUACUGGUUUCAUUUAAUUAAAUUAAAUUAAUUAAAAUGUAUUAAUAGCAUUAUAUAUGACUGGAUAAAGCACGGUCAGAUUUCCAUAUUAAGAAAUCUUAGUUAACUAAGAAUAUAUAGUUAUAAACAUUCCAUUCUGCAGGUGGAAUUAAGAAUAAUUAUAUAUUGAUGUGAUAUUAUCACAUGUUAGCAUACCGCUGUUUUUAUCCAGGUGUAUUGAUUUGCUCUAAAUUAAGAUAGAUAUCUUUUAGACAAAUUAAAAAUCUGCUUAUAUAACAUAUUAGACUCUCUUAUUGGAUGGUUUAAGAAAAUGAAUUUAAACUGGUUUAAAUGUUAUUUUAUUUAAAAAUACAUAAGAGUAGAUCUUAACUACCUGGGAGAUCUAGCCAGCAUUGAAAGGGUUAUUCUAACUGUCUGCUAAACUUUACGACCUUACGCUGCACUCUGAGGAAUUCUGUUCUCUGUGUGAAAAGUUUUACUUUCAGUCUGUGUUAAAGAUGGUAAUAAAUAAGUCUUGACAGAUAAUGCUGUUUUAGCCAUUGAAACGUAAUACCCAUUCCUUUGUAUUGCAUACCAUUUUAUACUGGAUAUUCAUUGAUUAUUGUUAUGCAUGUUACAUAAUAUUAUUUGUUAAUUAUUGAUUAUCAUAAAUAAAAUCUAUUUUUAUACAUUGUGAUAUUAAUUAUAUGAAAUACAUUUCACUUACGAUAAACGUUCUUUGGGAUCUGAGAAUUGAAAUAGUGGGCAAUUCUCACUGUUACUAUUAUUAUCCCAUAAAUAUCCCCACAAGGCCAAUCGUGCUAGGGGCUGGUUAGCCUCUCACCCAAACCGCCACAUCAACCUGUAAUGAUUAUGGCACUUAGGAUUCCCCUUUAAAUGGCUAGAAUUGUCCUUUUUAAGGAACAGGACCCCCAAGCACACACACUAUGAACGCAAUAAAAGCACCAUAGCUAAGGUUUAACAGACAAGUACCAAAAACAUAGUUAUGAACGUGAUUAAUUAAAAAAUGAUAUAUAACUUUGCCAUUGUACAUUUUUAUAGCCAUAAUAACGUUGCUUAUUUUUUUUGUACUUGUUUACAUAGGUGUCCUCCCUGUUAUUGCCAAUGAUUUUGGGAUCAAGGACAGUGACUCCGGACUGGUUCAGACAGGUACACCCCUAAAUAAAUCCAUCUGCCUUUUUCUGUGAGUUCUAUGUCAGUAAAUAUUGUAUCUCCGGAGUAGAGAUGUAACUACAAACCAAACCACAGGGCCGGGUGCGAAAAUUGCCCUGCCCCCCCCAUGUGUCUCAUUCCCUCGCCCCCAGCCCCUCUUGUGUUUUAUUUUCCCUCAAACACCCCGUAUGUCUCAUAUCCUACCACCAGUCCCUCCAUGUGUCCCAUUUCCCCCUCUCUCCCCCUAACCCUCCAUGUGUCCCUUUACUCCAUCUCUCCCGCCCUUCCCUCCAUGUGUCCCUUUCUUCCCUCUAUACUCCCUCCCCUCCAUUUGUCCCUUUCUUCCCUCUCCCUCUCCCCCUCCCCUACCCUCCAUGUAUGCCUUUCCUCCAUCUCCCCUCCCUUCCCUCCAUGUGUCCCUUUUCUCCUUCAUUCGCCCCUCCCCUCUAUGUGUCCCUUUCCUCCAUCUCUCCCUCCUUCCCUCCAUGUGUCCCUUUCUUCCCUCUACCCCCUUCCUUCCCUCCAUGUAUCCCUUUCUUCCCUCUAUGCCGCCUCCCCUCCAUGUGUCCCUUUCCUCCCUCUAUAUCUUCUCCCCUCCAUAUGUCCCUUUCUUCCCUCUCCUCUCAAUGUGUCCCUAUCCUCCAUCUCUCCCCCUUCCCUCCAUGUGUCCCUUUCCUCCCUCAUUUGCUCCUCCCCUCCAUGUGCCCCUUUGCUCUCUCUCUCCCCACUGCUCCUGAGUCCUCCAAUAUCUAUGCUUAUCUCUACCUGUUACUAGGAGCAUUGUUUAGAAUAUAAGACUCUUCUAUAGCGUUCAUAUGUAAAUUACAUUGAUAACUUUUUUAUUCUCCAUCAUUCUUCCUCCUUUUACAUAGAAACAUAGAAUGUGAUGGCAGAUAAGAACCGUUUGGCCUAUCUAGUCUGCCAAAUUUCUAAAUACUUUCAUUAGUCCCUGGCCUUAUCCUAUAGUUAGGAUAGCCUUAUGCCUAUCACACGCAUGUUUAAACUCUCUCACUGUGUUAACCUCUACUACUUCAGCUGGAAGGUUAUUCCAUGCUUCCACUACCCUCUCUGUAAAGUAAUACUUCCUGAUAUUAUGUGUAAACCUUUGCCCCUCUAAUUUAAGUCUAUGUCCUCUUGUUGUGGUAGUUUUUCUUCUUUUAAAUAUAGUCUCCUCCUUUACUGUGUUGAUUCCCUUUAUGUAUUUAAACGUUUCUAUCAUAUCCCCCUGUCUCGUCUUUCCUCCAAGCUAUACAUGUUAAGUUCCUUUAACCUUUCCUAGUAAGUUUUAUCCUGCAAGCCAUGAACAGUUUAGUAGCCCUUCUCUGAAGAAUACAUUUUACUGUAUUUUUGUAUAGUUUGUUUAUUAAAUGCAUCUUUCUGAUUGCAUGGUCUCACAGCUCUUCUCAUUCUCUCCCUAGUGUUUAUUUGUAGUCACAUGGUGUUUGCUCCCGUCUUUGGGUACCUGGGGGAUCGGUACAACAGAAAGUACAUAAUUGGUGGAGGCAUCGCCUUCUGGUCACUCAUCACCCUGUCCAGUUCAUUCAUCACGAAGGAGGUAACAUCACAAGGCAUUCCAUUAAAACCAAUGAUUGAUUUCCUCUCAGGCCUAUCCAUUUUGCAGAAUGCUUGUAGAGCUUUGAUGGUCAUCCAUCAAAUCUCGUGAGGUGCAGUCAUCAUGCAGUUUGCCGAGUUCUCAGAGUAUCAGAUUUACUGUGGGAUUGCUGCUAUUGUUUCUUCAGGAUAUUUCUAGAUAACUGUUGCCCCCUCCCCAUUUUAAUUUUUUACAGAACUACUGGCUCCUUCUGAUCACACGGGGCCUUGUGGGAGUUGGCCAAGCAAGCUACUCCACCAUCGCCCCAACGCUGAUUGCGGACCUAUUCCUUCAUGAUGAACGCAGCAGAAUGCUGUCUUUUUUCUAUUUGGCUACACCUGUUGGCUGGUGAGUUUCCGAUUCUGGACCAUCUUCAUUUCUAAUGUCAUAUAGCUUUUAACAAUUAAGAAUAGAUUAGGGUAGGGUAAUAGAUUAUAAAGCUAUUGAGGUUGUAAAUGUUGGUUUUGUGGCCAUAAAAUUUAUAAUUCCAGAAACAUAGGUUUUAUUGACCAGGGAACUCUAAAUGUGUGAUCAAAAUAGUGAAACUGGAAAAAAAUGAGUUUCAAGAUUUUCUUUAAGGUCUGUUCUAUUUUUGCCUGAAGUUAGCAAUUCCCAUUUUAGUCUUCUAGAAUUUCUGGUUUAUUGGCAAUGUUCUUUCAUAAAGACACAGGCCAAUCCCUAAUCCUGGUUUUGUCUAUGAACAUUGAUCAUUGUAGUGAGUGCUUGACAUUAGAAAGCCGAUUCUUUUCUCUCUUUUACAGUGGACUUGGUUACAUUGCUGGGUCAAAGGUGUCGAGUGUGGCAGGUGGAGACUGGCAUUGGGCAUUAAGAGUAAGUGAAAGAAAAAAAGCUCCAGAUAUUGUGUCUCUUGGUGGAUGGCAUAUUGUUUGGGGUUUCUUUGCAUUUUCAUACACCAUUUAA